GUGGUCAAGGGCGGUUAAAAAGUCGAAUUAUUUGCUCAUAAUUAAUUUAAUAUCGGAAAGAAAUCUUUAAACUUGAGAUAAGUCAUUGACUAAGAUUAUCGCCUGAUCGAACAAGAUUUAAGACACUAGGAACAUGUAUAUCUGUAGUUUAUUAAUAUAUAUAGGUGGAUAUAAAAAAUACGUGUUUCAACUGCCAACUCGAUUCCAUUGAAAACUUAGUCAUUACGCAACUGUCUUUCAGGUACAAUUUUUAAUAUAUCGUAAAAAUAACAAAACACAUAUUAAAGCUCCCAAUCAGUUUGUAUAUAUUUAUCUUUACCUGUAAUUUUAACGUUUUACGUUUAUAGGACUCUUUGGAAGAUCGGCUUUUUACGGACUUUGGUACUCGAUAUAUAGGUGGGAAUCAAAAAUGCCGCCAAAAAAGAAGAAGAAGGCCGCCGAGAAGAGGCUACACCGUCAGCAACAAUUAGAGGAACGUCAACGGUUUCUAAAAAGGGAACAUUUACGUCGAGAAGUUGAACUUGGUGCUCUGAAUAUUAAACGGUUUAAAAGAAGAUGGCGCGAGAUGGCGAUGCGCGCUAAGAUGCCUGUAAUUAAAGAAAACCUUGAAGUCGCUUGGCACACCUUUGACCGCACCCUUGACAUUAAGAACUACAGUAUCAGUAUUCUUAUGGACGCCCUGGACGAGGCAGAGGAGCAAUAUUUAACGAACGAAAGAGCCCAUAUCGAAAAUAUAGACAAACUCAUGAAACUGUAUGGCGUGAAACUUCAAAACGAAGAAAUGAAGUAUCAAAAUCAGCUUCAAGAUAUUCUCGAUGCAGCGAACGUGGAGAAUGAAAGGAUCAGUUAUGAGUAUAAGGAAGAAGAGGUGUUUUUCCAAGACAUCAUGAAAGUCAUGAAACACCGUCUCGAUGAGCUGUUGAAUAAUAUCAAGAGCAUGACUAUAAGCAAGGUCAAUGAACUUGCAGAAGACAAUGAUAAUUCAAGGCGCAUCGCAAGGAAUGUCUUAGAGAAACAAAUUGCUAAACUUCGGCACCGUCUGCGACGUGUUCUGACACAUUAUCAAAAAAGUACUGACAAUCGUCGUAAAAUGUAUAUUAGUGUUAAAACUAAGGACGACGAGGAACGUACGAUCAUUGCUAAGCAGGUGGUGCGAACCGGUAUCCUCUUCGAGACGAUUAGGAAGCUCAAGGAAAAGAUCACCACGUUCCGAGCUAAUGCAAAUAAGGAUGUUUUUGAGAUAGCGAGCGAACAUGCAUUUUUUCACUCUGCUUAUUGGAUGGCGAAGAAUCGCUUUCUCUUGGCAUUGAUGUUUCUAGAAACUAACAUAGAUAAAAAUCAAUUGACGAUAAUCACAAGUCAUUAUAAUCGUACCAUGCAACAUCUACAGCGUUUGAUUACAAAAGGCGAAUAUCUUCUGGUAAUGAUUCAGACUUGUAGGAAAUAUGAAACCCAGGAUGAGAAGAUAUUACCAUUCAGUGCUCAAGUAGUAUUCGACGAUCAUAUUGAGAAGGAAUUAGUAUCGUUAGAUUGGGACAAAAGUCGUGAGGUUAUAGAUAAUAUUCGGAAUUUGGAACAAUUCUGGAGGCGUGCAGGUAUGGCACAGAUAACAACAACAGAAUUACGAAUGGAAAGGGAUAAACUAAAACUUGAAUCUCGACAUUUGCGUGAGUGUUUACGACACUGUAUAGCCAGUCGCAGUUUGAUUUCACCAAGUAGGGAAAAGAGAACGAAGCUACCUCAAGUAAAUAAGAAGCCGGUAGUAAUAGAUGGAAAUUUAUACUUGAACGCACAAUCGAUAUAAACGACAACUAAAAUCCCUAGAUAUUACAUUGGCGACAGAACAAAUAAUUGAACAAAUAAUGAAAGUGUAGUAC